CCUCCAUGUGAAUCAUUAGUUUGAAUGUCAAUAUUUGACAUGUAUUUCCUCAUUGUUUGCUCAUGCAUUUUUACUAGUUUUAGUUUAAUGGAAAAAAAGUUACAAUCUUUGUCAAGAAAAUGAUUUGAGUCCCUUGAGUUUCGAGAGCUGUAUCUUGGCAACAAGCUAUUCAAUAUAGGUGAUAAGAAUCGAUUUUGAUUCGUUCAACAGCACAACUGAUGAAUCUUUUACCCAACUUUGUUUUGUAGAUGAGGCCGAGCCUGAUGAUAGCGUGCUCCCUCUAAGAGAUAUGUUUAGAACUUGUCUGAGUGUAGUUGCUGCUCUGACUAAGGAUUGCAUUGAGGGAUUUCAUUUGCAGGAGGUUAAAAGUUUCAACCAACGCAGGCUAAUACACACAAAGCUUGCAUUUUCUCUUGAACAAAUUAUAUCCAUUUCUACACUAGCUCUUGAAAGUAAAUAUGCCAAAGAUUGUGAAGCAAGGAACUCCAUCUGUGUUGGUGCAGUGAGAUAUUGCAUUCAAUGUUUUCAUACUGUACUUAGUGAUUCAAAUAUGCAGGUUCAAGUAAUAGGAUUGCAAUUUCUUAAAGCGAGGAUUCAAAGAGGUGUAAAUACAGAAGAUAACUCUUUUAUAAUGUUUCUUGUUGGGGAGCUAAUUGCUGAUAUUUUCACUUUGAUCCAAAAAAUGUUGAAGAAUACCAUAACAAGAGAAUCUGUAACCAUUGCUAGUGAAUGCUUGAGUCUCCUGGUGCUGUUACAAACCUUGUCAAAAGGUGAUGACUGCCAGAGAAGCUUUAUGAACCUACUUCUGGAGGCCAUUGUCAUGAUUUUCUUGUCAACAGAAGACGGGAUCUCUCAGGAAGUCAAUAAUUUAAGAAGCACAACUGUUAAACUUGUUUCUCGCCUUGCUCAAAUUCCUUCAUCAGCCAUUCAUGUCAAGGAUGUUUUACUAUCAAUGCCUCCUCUUCACCGCCAGCAACUUCAGGGUGUAAUACGAGCUUCUGUAACUCAUGAUAAAAAUCCAACAGAUAUAAAAGUACCAGUUUUGGACAUAAAAAUGCCAAAGCCAUCGGAAGGAACUGAAGAGAAACAUACCAUACCAUCAUCUGCUGCUGUGAUGCAGACAGAUGAAAAUGACAAGGAAGAAGAUGAGUUUAGUGAAGAUGAUUGGGAUGCAUUUCAGUCGUUUCCUGUCUCUAAAAGUGAGGAUGAAGAUGAUUCAAAAACAGAGCAUGUUGCUGAAGGCAAGGAUCCUAGCACAGUUAAAAUGUCAUCAGAAAUAGAAAGUUCUAUUGGAGGUGUUGAGUUUCAAGAUUUUUUUAUUUCCAAAUCCAUCAAUAGUGAAAAGGAGCUGAAAGGUGAUGAAUGUCUGGAGGCUGUCAAAGAGAAACAUGAUCAAACUUAUCCUAGUACUAACAAGCCACAUGAUAAUGAGAAUCAAGAGAUGGAGGGAAAAUUGCAAACCUCGGUGGCUCGAGAAAAGGGGACAUCAAUCCCAGGAAGUGAACUAGUUUCUUGUGAUCAGAAGCCUGAGGUAGAGGCUAAGAUGGAGGAAAAUUUGCAAAACUCGGGGCUUCAAGGAGAGGGGGCAUCAAUACCAGGAAAUGAACGAGUUUCUUGUGAUCAAAAGCCUGAGGUAGAAGCCGAGGUAGAAGCUGAGAUGGAGAAAAAAUUGCAAAAUUCAGGGCUUCAAGAAGAGGGGACAUCAAUCCCAGGAAAUGAACUAAUUUCUUGUGAUCAGAAACGUGAGGUAGAAGCUGAAGGAUCAAUUGAAGAGGAAGUAGUGUCAGAUUCUCUGACACUUCAACACGGGGUUUCUGAACAGCCUAACAGGUGUGAUGAAGAUGCUGAGAAGGACAGUGUUAAUGAAAAUGAGAGUCAUCACCCGCAGCUAGAAAUGUCUGAAAGUCCAAUAGAGAGUGUACAUAAUAGUACAAAAUCAGAACCAUUUGCUGAAGACCAUAAAGAGUAAGUUAAUUGUAGGCCACAAGAUAUAUUGAUUAUCACUUCAUUGCAUUUUUAUUUAUCUCCCUUUUCUUUUUGAUAUGUGAUUUUAGUCUGAAAUUCAAUCUAAUAUAUUUAUUUUGUUCUAAUGGAACCAUAAAGGGCUAAACCUAUCAUACUUGUUAAAAAUAUAAAAAUAAUAAAAUAUAUGCAGCGUUGAAGCUGAAGAUGAAAGGCAUACUUUACGCCUCUCAGAGCGGCAAUGCAUUGGACGCGUCAUUUAAUGACUUUGUUUGAUGCAUU